AUGUCACUAGGCCAAGGGAAUCACCAAGCCAUGAGCGUCACCAGGCCAAGAACGUCACCAGGCCAAGAACGUCACCAGGCCAAGAACGUCACCAGGCCAAGGGAAUCAAAAGCCACGAGCGUCACCAGGCCAAGGGAAUCACAAAGCCACGAGCGUCACCAGGCCACAAACGUCACCAGGCCACAAACGUCACCAGGCCAAGAACGUCACCAGGCCACAAACGUCACCAGGCCAAGAACGUCACCAGGCCAAUGGAAUCACAAAGCCACGAGCGUCACCAGGUCAAGAACGUCACUAGGCCAAGAAUGUCACCAGGCCAAGAACGUCACCAGGCCACAAACGUCACCAGGCCAAGGGAAUCACAAAGCCACGAGCGUCACCAGGCCAAGAACGUCACCAGACCACAAACGUCACCAGGCCAAGAACGUCACCGGCCACAAACGUCACCAGGCCAAGAACGUCACCAGGCCAAGGAAUCACAAAGUCACGAGCGUUACCAGGUCAAGAACGUCACUAGGCCAAGAAUGUCACCAGGCCACAAACGUCACCAGGCCAAGGGCGUCACCAGGCCAAGGGCGUCACCAGGCCAAGGGCGUCACCAGGCCAAGGGAAUCACCAGGCCAAGGAAAUCACCAGGCCAAGGGAAUCACCAGGCCAGGGCGUCACCAGGCCAAGGGCGUCACCAGGCCAAGGGCGUCACCAGGCCAAGGGCGUCACCAGGCCAGGGCGUCACCAGGCCAAGGGAAUCACCAGGCCAAGGGCGUCACCAGGCAAGGGCGUCACCAGGCCAAGGGAAUCACAAAGCCACGAGCGUCACCAGGUCAAGAAUGUCACCAGGUCAAGAACGUCACCAGGCCAAGAACGUCACCAGCCCAGCUACUGCAUCCCACCAGGUGA